AUGAUUACGCGCAUAACAGUCUCACUCAUUUCUAACACUCUAUCUCUCUUUCUCUCCCCCCCUCCUCUCUCUGUCUCGCUGUCUGUCUGUCUGUCUCUCUCUCCCCCCUCUCCCUCUGUCUCGCUGUCUGUCUGUCUGUCUCUCUCUCUCCCCUCUACCUCUGUCUCGCUGUCUGUCUGUCUCUCUCUCCCCUCUCCCUCUGUCUCGCUGUCUGUCUGCCUCUCUCUCUCCCCCUCUCCUCUGUCUCGCUGUCUGUCUGUCUCUCUCUCUCUCCCCUCCCCUCUGUCUCGCUGUCUGUCUGUCUGUCUCUCUGUCUCUCUCCCCCCUCCCUCUGUCUCGCUGUCUGUCUGUCUGUCUGUCUCUCUCCCCCUUCUCCCUCUGUCUCGCUGUCUGUCUGUCUCUCUCUCUCCCCCCUCUCCCUCUGUCUCGCUGUCUGUCUGUCUGUCUCUCUCUCUCUCCCCCUUCUCCCUCUGUCUCGCUGUCGGCCUGUCUCUCUCUCUCCCAUUCAUACACUCUGUAAUUUUCUUUGUUUUACUAGUAGAUCCCGGUUAA